GGAGCAGUGCGCAAGUCGGAUUUAAUCUCUGUGGACAAAAGCUAUUGUUUCUAAGCCGGUGGAGGAUUUAUUUUUAUUUUUUAUAUAUAUAUAUAUAUAUAUAUAUAUAUAUAUUUUUUUUUUAAAAACAACUUUUCUCCUCUUUGAUGUGAAUCAGCUGACAGCAUGGGGAUUCUGCUUAUAGCUGCUGUCUUGCAAGUGAUAACAGUCGGCUUGGUGACUGCUGGAUGUCCGGUGGUGUGUGACUGUCCGGCAGGGCCUCCAUCCUGUCCCCCAGGAGUGAGCUCAGUUCCGGACGGCUGCGGAUGCUGCAAGGUGUGUGCCGCUCAGCUCAACCAGGAUUGCCACGAAGGGCUGCCCUGUGACCACCAUAAAGGCCUGGAGUGCAACUAUGGCAAUGAUGUGGGCCGGACCCAUGGCAUCUGCAGGGCGAAGGCAGAGGGCCGCUCGUGCGAAUACAACGGGCGGAUCUAUCAAAACGGCGAGAAUUUCCGCGCUGGUUGCAAGCACCAGUGCACCUGCAUCGAUGGAGCAGUGGGAUGCAUCCCCCUCUGCCCCAGCCACGUGCCCCUGGCGUCCCCUUCCUGUCCUGCCCCGCAGCUGGUCAAGGUGCCAGGCCAGUGCUGCCUCAGCAUCGACUGUCACAAGGGAAGCACCGUUGUGCCCCCAGUGCACCGCCGACCCCAACCUCCAGCUUACCCGCCCUACCCCUUCAUCCCCUACCCGUCCUACCCUUACCCGAAGCCUUAUCCAAAACCGUACCGGAAACUGUACCCCUACAAACCCAAAAAGGAGAAGGACACCCUUGGCAACGAGCUGGUGGACGUGGGGCGCAAGUGGGACAAGCCGCGUGGAAACAAGCACCUGGCGGCCUGGAGGCAGGUGGGAGAUCAGUGCGUGGUUCAGACUACUUCCUGGUCCCAGUGUUCCCGGAGCUGUGGGAUGGGCGUCUCCUCUCGUGUUACCAAUGACAAUGCCCGGUGUAAGCUGAUCAAGGAGACGCGCCUGUGCAACAUUCGGCCCUGUAGCUCCAUGUCUGUCCCUGUCAAGAAAGGAAGGAAGUGCUCUCGUACCCAUAAGGCCCCUGAGCCGCACCGCCUGUCCUACGCCGGCUGCAGGAGCACCCGCCUGUACAGGCCUAACUACUGCGGCGUGUGUAGGGAUGGCCGUUGCUGCUCACCCCGUCGCACGCGCACAGCCAGCGUGACCUUCUCCUGCCCUGACGGCGAGCGCUUCAACAGGUCCGUGAUGUUCAUCCAGUCCUGCAAGUGCAGCGACGAGUGCAACCACCUCAACGAGGCUGCCAUGCCUCCGCAGCGAUGGCUCUACGGAGACACACACAAGUUCAUCGACUAGUGGCGCCAUCCCCCCCAACCUACAUUCCCUCACAAAAAAAAAGACAUUAACUCCCCCAUAGUGAUCCCCAUUAUAGAAUAGCUGUCCUUAGUGUAUCUGUAAGUAGACGCAAGCGAGGUGCACACGUCAACAACAUCUUUUCUGGAAGAUUAUUUGGGGAGGAAUGGGGAGAAAAAGAAUUAAUCACGAUGGGCAAAUCUCCAACUUUGAAAGAGCGAAGUGACCAGCCCCUGCUUUAGUGUAGUUAAAAGUUGUUUCUGGCCUGGCCAGACUUCGACAGACUGUGACGAAUUAUUUAACAUGGAUGGAACCAGCCACCAUGUUGCUGCCAUGCACCGAACGUCCCCUGAACUCUGAGACUUUUUGUCGGGGACGCUGAUGAUGCUUUUGUUGAUGUUGUGGAUUCACAUCAACAGGUCAGACUAGGCAAUAGAAAGCUGGUCCAACGUUGGAGCAAAGUGCAAAAUCAGCUGGAAUCAUAUGUCUGUACACUCCAAUUACAUAGUAUUGAUAAACCAAAUGAAGACCUGACAGCAAAGACUCUGAAGAAGAUGGAGGAGCAAUUCGGAUGCUCUUACAAGAGUGUGGCUUGUGUCUUUUUAUGGUAUUUAUUCACUGGUAUUUAUUGUUGAGACAGACAUGAUGACACGGUGGCCUGCCACCAGGGAAGGCGGUUCUGCUAUGUUUGGAGCAUUGCCGUGGCUGAACAGGGAUCUGAGAGGGACAAAACAGCUGAGAGCUGUCAGCCAUGACAGGGGGAGGACGACUCCCACAGACCUGGGGCUCGACCCCCGGGUCGCAUCGGAGGUCACGGCGGUCAGAAAGCCAUAUCUAAUGAUGGAUGAUGAAGGCUGCAGGAGAAGAGGAGUUAUGUACUGGAAAAAGACAAGAGUUGAACCUGAUGGGCUUUAUGCGCAUUAACAGGGAAUAUGUCAAAGGUUGUUUACACAGCUGGACUCAUCCCCUGCCUUGCCUCCACAAGAAACUGAGACAUUUAGCAAGCACCAGAAGAACAAGCCUGGGAUUCUGGCGCCAAGGAGUCGACCGCCUAAUUCCGUGCAAAUUACAAUCCUGACUCUGACAGGCAGUGAGAGAAAAUCAGCCACUCUCGUUUGCUAUAAAAAUACAAUUUGAAAACUGUGGGUGCUGAGGUAAACAUAUAAUUUGUGUGUGGCGGGUGGAACCGCUCUGGUGCCCGAUCUGGCCUGUAAUCGAGCAGCGUGCCAGCUCACUGAAACGAAACAAUAACUCAUACUUCUUUGCGUCUUAGUGGUGCCUGUUUGUGAGAGCUGCUGUCAGUCAACAGCACCGUCAGGGGCAGAGAAGAGCUCAACGACCGCGCAAAGGACAAUUUAAAAACUAUUUUUAAGGGACAUUUUGAGGGAGAGAAAUUCUGUGUUCUUCUACCGUAUUCGUGGCCAAAAUCCUCUGACUGACUGAAGGACCCAGGCAUCUUAGUCGACUUGGACCUGGGUUAAAGUUCACGCACCUUACAACAGCCUUGAUUUACAAGCUUUUAUCUCAUGCAAAGGCAAUUUAAAAGGUCAGUUUGAAACAGAUUUUGAUAUCUUUGCUGAAUACAAAUUUAAAACAGGUGAUUCUAAAUUAUUUGAAGCACCAUUUUAUCAUUUCAAAGAUUUGUUUUUUCUUUAUGUGCCAUAAGAUAAUGGCAGCUUAGACAUGAUUUCAGCUUUCUGUGAAACCGGAAGAUAUUUGCAUUUUCUACACCAGUAGACUAAUUUAGUGAAGAGACUGCUGCCUUAAUGGGUUUUUUUAAUUGGUGGUUAAAACAAAUUGUGUGUAGUAAUUGUUCUCCAGGUUGCCAUUACUAUUUGCCUAUGUAGAUGCUGUGGUUUUGGUAAUGUAUGUCUAGUUUUGUUAAAGGACAUUAUAGAGCAGCUAUGUACAGAUGCAUUGUUACCUUCUGUGUAGUUCUAUCUGCUGUAUAAGGGCCAUCCUUUUACCAAGUUAUACUGAAGUAGUCCAUGUAUAGUUUAGCACUGAACGAGGCAGGGUUCAUAUCCUUUACGAGCAUUGAGUGCAAAUUUGGAGGCAUGAUGACUACUUGCCUACUAGUGUACAUUAUCACCAUCUGUAAUGAUAGAGUCAUGCUUUAUAGAAUUACACAUUUUUUAAAAAAAGAACUUCACAAAGAGGUGAACAGUAAAUUCUCCUAACCUACUUCUCUUGGAAAGUGGCUGCCUAACACACGUUUGAUGUUAGAAUUGGAAUGGGUUCAUAGUUUUUGCAUUUUUCAAUAAAGACAUUUUCACUCCUA